ACACGUGACUCACCUGACCCGGAAGUGGCGCGCGGGGGACGCUGACGCUGGAACAAAGAUGGCGGCCCGCGGCGCUGGGGCCGUGGUGGGGCUGCUGCUGCUGCUGCUCCGCGCGGGCCCGGCCCGCGCCCGCGUCCAUCACCUCACCCUCAAAGAUGAUGUGAGGCAGAAAGUGCACCUGAAUACCUUUGGUUUCUUCAAGGAUGGUUUCAUGAGAGUGAAUGUCAGCAACCUUUCCCUGAAUCCAGAACCAAGCCCUGAUGACAUGGACAGUUUAUCAGUGGGUUUCAGCUUGGAUCGAACAAGGAAUGAUGGUUUCUCCACUUACCUGGAUGAAGAAGUGGAUUAUUGUAUCUUGAAGAAGACUCCAGAGCCAGAUGUCUCUGUUGUAAUUUUACUUCUGGACAUACGACGUGAUGUUGUGAAAGUACGGUUCUCUUCAGAAGCUGCUUCAUUGUUACCUAAAAUUGUAUUUGUGUCUGAGGAAAAUGGUACUGCCUUAAAUACCAAGCUGCUGAAAACUUCUGAACUGAGCAGUGAUUCUGAUAAAAAUCCUCCAAAGACCAAUGAAAAUACAGGUGACAAAGAUAAGAAGUUCAAACGAAGUACAACAUCCUCCCAGAGCAUGGUAGAACAAGAACAUCCUGUACGCCACGUCCAAAGAACGUUUUCGUUUCAGUUCUUUUUUAACAUCACCUCGGAUAAACAAGAAGGUCUCUACAGCCUGUAUUUCCAUAAGUGUGUUGGCAAGAAAGGGCCAGCUAAUGAUCAGCUGCUGUUUAGUCUUGAUAUAGAUGUUACGGAAAAGAAUCCUGAAAGCUACCUCUCAGCAGGUGAAAUCCCACUGCCAAAACUUUACAUUUCCAUGGCUCUCUUCUUUUUCCUGUCUGGGACUGUAUGGAUCCACAUACUUCGUAAACGUAGAAAUGAUGUCUUUAAGAUCCACUGGCUCAUGGCAGCCCUUCCUUUCACCAAAUCCUUGUCUUUAGUCUUCCACGCGAUCGACUAUCACUACAUCUCUUCUCAGGGAUUCCCCAUCGAGGGCUGGGCUGUUGUUUAUUACAUCACUCACCUACUGAAGGGAGCUCUUCUGUUCAUCACUAUUGCCCUCAUUGGCACAGGCUGGGCUUUCAUUAAACACAUCCUGUCAGAUAAAGACAAAAAAAUUUUCAUGAUUGUCAUCCCACUUCAGGUACUGGCAAACGUGGCCUACAUUAUCAUAGAGUCAACAGAAGAGGGGACAACUGAGUAUGGACUGUGGAAAGAAAUCCUUUUCCUGGUGGAUUUGCUGUGCUGUGGGGCCAUCCUGUUCCCAGUGGUAUGGUCAAUAAGACAUUUGCAAGAGGCUUCAGCAACAGAUGGGAAAGCUGCCAUUAACCUAGCAAAGCUGAAGCUCUUCAGACAUUACUAUGUCAUGAUUGUGUGUUACAUUUACUUCACACGGAUCAUUGCAAUUCUCAUAAAGAUUGCUGUUCCAUUCCAGUGGAAAUGGCUGUACCAGCUGCUGGAUGAAAUGGCCACGCUGGUGUUCUUUGUCCUCACUGGGUACAAGUUCCGUCCAGCAUCAGACAAUCCUUACCUACAGCUCUCUCAAGAUGAUGAGGAUGACUUGGAGAUGGAAGCUGUGGUGACAACUUCAGGAGUAAUGGAGGGCAUGAAGAAAGUCAAGAAAGUGGUGAAUGGUUCAGCAGAGCCUCAGGGCGAAUGGGAAAGCACAGCAUGAUGGACUGGACUAAGGCAGCACUUUCAGAGAAACUUUUUUAAUUUAUUAAUAUUACUCUCAGUGGAAAGGGAGCAACUUGCACUCCCCACCACUGAAACUGCAGAGUGGGGUGUGUCUAGGGAGAGCAAAGCAGAACAGAAAUAUCACUAUUCCUUUGAUCAUAAGCAAAUGGGAUCUCCUGGUACCUGCAAGGAGCGUGAAGCUUUCCUAGGGAUUUUGGGUAGCUUUUUUUCCCCCCCUUCUGGAUCGGUUCUUUAUUCUGAAUUGUUGUGUUCCUCAGAAUGUGUAAUACUAAUGUGAAGAGGGAUCUUCAGUGUGUAUGUAAAGAAUAUAUUUUAUAUAAUGCUCAUAUAUAUGCACACACACACACUUGCUUUGUAACAUGAAUGCUGGGACUUGCAAAGCCUGUCAGAAGGUGGGAAAAGAAGAUAAAGACAUGUAAGUAUUUUUUUUCUUUUUAUAAACUCUCCUUUUGGCUUGGAUGGAACAUUGCAAAACAAAUGGAUGGGAACAACUGCAGUUAUUUGAGAGACUGAAGGGUAUUGGAUCAGAUGACUUCUGCCACUGCUCAUGCAAGUGUGAAAGGUGAUAAGUAUCUUCUUGUCUUAUCCCUGCAGGUGUCCACCUGAAUGUGUCAGGUUUUCAGAUGUGUUGCUAUACAGGAAAUGAGUGACUGUUCUCCAUUAAAGCACUAAGCCCAUAGUGCAAUAAGUAUUUGUGUACAUUGUCCACUGUCCAUGGAGUUGCUCUUGGCUCACCCCCACCUGACGAGAAGUACACAAGAGGUGUAAGACUGAUGCUUGCUUUUUAGGGGUCUGCCUAAAUGUUUACUUUCAAGCUGUGACCCAGAGCACAUUGGUUUGCUUCAUAAAAUAUUUUCAAGGUAUUUCGAAAGUCACUCCUUUCUGGCACAGUAUAAACAGUACCAGACUCUCCAGUGGAAAUCUGUCUAGCCAUUUUACUGCAGCAUAAAUCUCUGGUUCACAGUUACUCUGAGUUACUGAGCCUCUCUGGAUGGCUGCUUGUACCUCUCUGGCUGUGUAGGAUUAAUGACAUUGCUGUUUGAGGUGAGCUGAACUGGUCAAGGUAGUAUUGCAUCCAAAAACUGUAACUCCCAGUCCUAAAUUUUUUUUUUUUUUUUGGGCAGGAGAGGAGACGAUUAUGACCAGAACCUUGAUGCAGGGGAAUAUGAAAUCCUUGACUGUUAGCUGCAGACUUGCAGUGGAGUCUUUACAGACACAUUCCAAAAUGCCACAUGUGUUUUGUCUGUAGUCCUUGGGGGUUGUCAGUGGGGCAGUUGGUGUCCAGAGCUGUAGUAGUGAAAACGGGUGCUCAUUUGGGGGAGGGUGGAAGUGGCUCACUGGUGGAAUGAGGAUUAGCUUUAACAAAAAUAAAUCAGCUAUAAGUCACUGACCCACUGAAGCCUUAAUAUUCAUGCAGAGACAUUAACAUGUGGUGCUGUGGAGCCAAGUGCUUCUGCCAGGGUGUCAGGGAGAGGCAUCAGCAGAGCUCUGGAUGUGCCAGCAUUACUUACAGACUCGUGCAGGAAUAGGUUUUUUGGAGGGACUACAUUUCUCCUACACCUGAGGAGAGGACUGUUAGCCUAAAGUUUAUUUUAUUCUUCAAGCUGAGAAGGAGGAUUUCCUCCAGAAUCUUGAACCACUUCCUCACUCCUGAGCAGGGAUUAUGGAGCUCUUGGUGAGCUGUCUGUAGCAAGCCUUGCUGUUUGAGGAGCAGCAUCCCUUUCCCCCAUUGCCAGUUCUUUUCCCAGGUGUUGGUUCUAUGCACCAUGGAGAUGGUAGAAACAAAUCUACCUGCUUGGAUACCUGGAACUGCUUUCUCUUCACAUCAAGCACAAGAAGAAGAGCAUUUGUGUCUGGCUGCAGAAUCCUCUUCUGUUUUCCUCCUCAGCUGUAACUUCACAGUAAUCACAGCAGUGAUGGUUCUACUUUGCUGUCAUUGCCUUGCAGUUUUAGUGAGAAGAGAUCCUGUACCACUGGAAAGGCUGUUUGGUCACCUAUGGGCCUUUAGGCCUCCUGGAGGAAGAAAUCUGCAUAUUUAGCCUGAAGUGUGAGAAAUUGGACCAUAAACACAGGCAGUCCCAGCUCUUACAUUUAAAUGCAAUACUUGGAAAACUCUGCAGUUACUCUGUCCCUUGUCACACCCUGCAUCCAGAGGGCUGCUCGAACAGGCUGUAAAGCUUGUUUAGAGAGGCCCACUGAAGACUUGAAGUGUGUUGGCACUGAGGUAUGUAAGGGGUGAGGAUGUGCUGUGAGGAACAAAGUGCAUCUGGACAAUGCUAUUCUAGAGCCUGUUAAUCCUUUUGUGAAUGAGAGGUGAAAUUGUCAGAGGUGUGGCAUUUCACCCAGAACCAUGAGGGCUGUGCUGUGAUUCCAGGGAAUGCUGAGCUGCUUCCUAACAGCUGCCUAUUCCACACCUCAGCAUCAGUGGAGCUGAUAAUUUGGCAAGUGCUGUUACCUUAGUCUCAGGUUUGGUUUUUUUUUUAAUAUGCACUUUUUUUGUAAAGUUGCAUAUGGUGUAGGUUUAUCUGCCAAGUCCCUGACUCACCAGUCAAAGGCCAAAAAAAUGGGUCAUUUCUUUUUGUCUUGGCAUGGAAGGCCACAGCAGUAUUCUGGAAGUCCAUUUUUUUACAAGAGCUUUUUCCAAGUUCAGCCCUGAGGUUCAGCAGUCAGCUCCACAAACAGCUUCUGCUGGUGUUUUACACAGGAUGCCAAGCAGCAGGAAAUGGUCAGACCUGAGCAUUAGGAUGUAAAAUUCAGUCAUGGACAAGUCAAAACCCAAAAGAUUCUUAUUGUGGCCAUUUCCAAAAUGAAUUUUCUCAGGUGCAAUCCCUUGGAUCAGGAAGUCUGUCAUGAUGGAUGGGGUGGCAGCUGGGAAGUUGGAGAGUGGAGGGAUGGCUGCAGUUGUGCUUCUCUCCAGCACAGCAAGUGCUGCACUGCAAAACAUCAGAGACAGGACUACUCCCUCCCCUCCUUCCCAGGCAAACCCACGGCUGCAUGACUGGCAUUGCAUGACUCCAGGGCCAGUGGAGUGUGCAGCAGCUCAGCGCUCCCCAGGCAGGAUAAUCAGUGCUUGCUUUUCACGUGCUGAUGGCUGCUGAUCUGGUAGGAAGCUCUGCCUCUCACAGGGGGGAAGAGAGGAGCUGUUGUGGAUUACAAAUCGUUUAGGAAUGUGCAGCUUUGCUUCCCUGUCGCUGCUUUUGCUGAAGUGAGGAGCUGGAGCAAUCACCAGCAGUACCCAGCAGAGUGACAGGAGUCCUGGAACAGCAGGUCUGCUGCAAUGGGAAUAAAUGUUUUGAAAGCUUUCCCAUAUGCUGCUGCAGCCCAGCACUCGGUCCCCUCUGCAGACGAAAAUGAGAUUGGUUCAGUCUUCACUUGCAAUGUAGGUUAUGCCCCAAUAAAUCCCUGUGGAUGCUGACAUGCACAUGGCACUGCUGCUCUCCUUCCUCCCAUAGCUGCUCAGCAGGCUGUCUUCCAGAGGAAGCCUCCUUGCAGUGCAACUGCCAGCCUCUUGCAUUCUUCGGGCUGGAAAAUGUUUUCCUUGAUGGUUCAUCAAGAGCCAUGCUAAAAGAAAGCAAGACAUAAUGGGGUCAUGUGGAACAGAGCUGCUGCCUGCUCGGAGUGGAGCACUUGGAGUUGAAGAACACAUGCUGUCCUAUUAAGAUGCUGUUUCAUGUUGUCGUGUUGUGAUGUGUGCAGUGCAUUGUUCAGUGUUUCCCCCCAGCUCAGUGCCCUGUUCCUGGAUUUCCAUGCUGGCAUGCCCUGGGAGAGCAUGUUGUAAAAAUUUGCUGCAUUGCAGCAUUUUGUCUGGAGCUGGUAGUGUGGAAGAUGUAUUUUUUCUAAGCUGAGUGGACUCUCUUUGGCACGAGUGUGCAUCCCCCAUGUGUCCUUGAGCACUGUAGCAUUCCUUCUGGCCCUGAAAGGCCAUGUCCUGAUCACUCCAUUGUGCACAUCUGGUGCAAGUCCUGUAGAAGAUUUUUAGUGUUACGUCUUUUUUCCUUACUGUGUGUUCCUCUUAGAGAAAAGCAGUUGAGCCACUGACAAUCAAAUUGAUGAGAAGGGAGGGGAUUUUGUUGUUUGUUUGAAAACUGCCCAAUUUGAAGCAAAUACUGGGUAUUGUAGGCUCUAUUGAGCUCUGAGAACUGGAGUUCUCUAGCUAUUAGGGAGAGGGAAGGAGAUCUUUCUUCCUUCAGCCUAGUUCGUUUGUCUCCUUCAAUUUGACCUGUCAUGCUAGCUAACAGAUUGCUGUCACUUUAAAGAAGAUGUUUUAUAGCUCCUGUGUUAUGAUCUCUGCUUCAUUCAUAGAGCACAUCCCCAUUUUUCACCUGUGUACAAAGAGAGGAGCUGUGGUCUGCAGGAGUGGGAGGUGCAGUGAGGUUUGAGGGAUUCACACUGAAACUGUGACCUUGUGUGUAGUGUCAGUAGCCUCAAUGUUUCAUGAAAGCUGAGCUGGUGCUGCCCAGAGACACUUGACCAAUGUUUCUUUGUGUUCCCUGGGGCUGAUAUGCUGUAAAACGUUGUUCUCAAUUGAAUUAAUUUGGCUUCUUUUUUGUAGCUGCUGGAUACAAUACUUUUGGGCUGAUUAAUCACUUUUCCUUAGCAAUACUGGGAAGCUGUGCAUUUUCCCUUUGUAGUGUCUUCCCUGGAUAUAGCAAUGAUGCAGUGAGAACUGCACAUGGUCUGUGCUCCCAAGUGGCUGGAACAGGAUGUAGGGAAAUAUCAAUACCCAGGUGUUGAGUGGUGUAGGAAGAAAGUGGCUGAGAAAAGAGUCACUCCUUUUAGGCUGACUGGCUCAAGAACCCACUUAUGUUUUGACUGCAGCAAUCCUCUAGAAAGGACAGUUCUAAAUAAAUAUUUCCCUGUGGGAUUUCACUCAGUGUUCUGCUCUCUCUGUACUAAAGUAGAGUCCGACCUCCACAUCAUCAGAAGCACUUCAUCCUGCAGCCAGUGGAGCUGGUACCUGCUCUGUUAAAACAGAGUAUGGGUCUAAAUAGCUUCCCUUGCCCUUUAGGAACUAUUAAUAAUUAAUUCUAGAUCCUCUUGUGUCAUUAAGCAGCUUUAGGGCACCUUAUUGUACAAUGUAGCUUUGAAUUCAUUCAGUAAAUGACCUCCAGAAGAACAGAAAAAGACUUUUCUCUGUACAGCAAGAUCCAGUUCUUGGGGUUUUGGUGACCUGUAAAUAUCUUAUUCCUCAAUUCCUGUUCAGAUGUAAAAAUGAAUUUUUUUCAGUAUUUUUUUAAACUUUAUUAAAAGAACAGCAAACAGUAUUUGAAGAGAAGCAAGGUAGAGGCAAGUCAGGACAGUCUGUGUAACUUGGUUUCCCUGCUGUGAUGCAAAUGUGUAAAAUAAAGAUUGACCAGAAAGAA